GUCGAGCAAUGAUUUUUAAAGACCUAUUUCAUCACAGUUGUAUCUAUUUCUCAGAUUCAAUUGAGCUGAUCAGAUAUAUUCCCCGUAAAAUAUUGAAGAAAUUUGCCAAUAUAAGAGUUCUGCUGAGGGACAAAAAAGAUAAGGCAUGGGAAUUAUAGAAAUGGAUUUUAUGAACGUUACUUCUUCCUUAAGUGAUGUCCAAAUCGUUGAAAAUGGCACCAUUCAAGACAGAUUUGAAGAACUUUUAAAAGUAGUUGUAAAACGCUCUGAUACAACUACAGUUAUGCUCAUCUUCAUUCUAAUCACCAUGUGGAUAAUAUUUUUAUUCACAUGGAGCUACAGAUUGAAAGUAUCUUCUCUCGCUAGGACGCUGGAAAGGAGUGUCAGUGAGCGUCCAUACAAAACUCUCAAAUGCCGCCACCAAUUUGAUAUCACUGCAGAUGUACCGAUUGAAAUACUGAGGGAAACUUCUAUUGAAGGUUAGUUAUACAUACAA